UGGAAGAAACAUUUUCGAACCAUACAGGACAAAGCCAUUUGAAGUUCGUCUCUUUAUUCGAACCCAAAUACAGAGAGAGUUAGCCUUGCGCAAUCUAUAAUACUUCUGUCUUUGGCCGUGUUGAGUCGAGUUUGACUUUCGAGUCCUGCCCUUUCCUAUUAUACGGCAAGCGAGCUUCCUCGAGACUCACAAAUGGCCACCUUCAGGCACACAGAUCUAUUCGGCGGAACUAUUGUGGCAGAUCUGCCCUCUGCAUUUGUGGAUGCAAGCAACAUCCGACAAGUGCCGGAUCAUCAGGAAGUAUAUCUUGACAAAGAUGGAUAUACGAGUAUUAUCUUCGAAAUCACCGAAAGAGUCAAUGAUUUCAAUACCGACGAGGAAGCUUUAAGUUACCAUCUCCAAGACAUAGCUGAGGCAGACGAAGGACUUAACAUCUUGUCUUCGAGCACUGCGCAUCUUCCUAGCUUACCUGAUGACACACCGGCUUAUACCAUUCUGGCCACUCAAGAGCCCAUUGCUGGUCAUCAAGUGAGCAGGCUGUCGAUCAGAUGUACGGCUUUACUGCUCACUUUGGUACGUCUUGAAAAGCAAAGUGCCGAUCUACUUAUCUCAAUCAAUGUACCUCUAUUGAAAGAGGAGUUCCCGGACGAGAGUGUUGACCUGGAAAAUGGAGAAGCGGGAACGUCACUAAAUGCCGCCAUGGCGUACCGCGAGCGUGUUCUCGCCACUCUUGAGAUAAAGGAUUGGUCUCUAUUCGUUUGACAAAGACAUUGGUCACGGAGUUAUUUCAGCGAUAGUAUUCCUCUCUCGAUGGACAGAAAUAAUAUCGGGUUGUGGCCAUAACCACGCUGCUUGCUCUAGAAAGAUAGGUUCAUUUGAAGGGAGACAUGAAACAACUCCCACCAUUUCUGCACAGUGUCUGGGAAGCUGUUCGCGAGCGUCUCCUGCAAGGGCAUCUUCACUGCUCUAUAUUAUUUAUUUUAUAAUUAUUGACAGCU